UUUUUUUAAUUUUUUUUUAUUUCCUGCCCCUUCCCUUGGUUUCCCUCUAUAAAUCCCACCCCCUUCUCUGCCCUAAUUCCCUUUUCCUCUCUCCUCUCCCCCCUUGCUAAGGUGCUCCUUUUCCUCCUCUCUUUCUCUCUCUCCCUCUCUCUCUCCCAAGAUCAUUUGCUUGCUGUGGUUCUUGAGUUAAAAAAAAAAGAAGAAGAAAAAACAGGUUGCUGAACAAAUUAACCCCCCCUGUUCUUGUUCUUGUUCUUGUUCUUUGUUCUUGUUCUUGUACGGUGGUGUCGUGGCUGUGGUGGGGGUGUAAUUUUUCUCAAAAAAAAAAAAAGGAAAAAAGAAAAAACUUUGAUGCGGCAGCAUCUGUUGUUGUUUCUGUUGAUGUUCUUGAUUGAUGUCGCCUAUCCUAAGUGAGAUCCUCCGCUCCGGGUUUAUGAUCAACUCCGCUCUCCGCCGCCGCACCCACCUCGUCCAGUCCUUCUCCGUCGUCUUCCUCUACUGGUUCUAUGUCUUCUCAUAAUUAACCUUCCUCCCAACUCGCUACCCGCCCCAAUAUAUAUAAAUAUUUCACUAUUAUUAUUACGACGUGCCUGCAUAACAUAUAUUUAUAUAUAUAUAUAUAAGCCUUAUAAAAUAUAUCAUAUAAGAAAAAAUUAAGAUGGCGAUGGCGAGUUCCAGCGGGACGACGACUCCGACGACGUCUGCGACGUCGUCGGAGGGGUGUCAGGGGGAGGAGAUGCUGGAGCAGAAGAAGCGGCGGCGGAUGCAGUCGAACCGCGAGUCGGCGCGGCGGUCGCGGAUGCGGAAGCAGCAGCACCUCGAGGGGCAAGCGGAGAACGCGCGCGCUGUGGCGGCCCUCAACCUCGCCGCCCGGAGCCGCGCCGCCGUCGAGGCCGAGAACGCCGUGCUCCGGACCCAACUCCUGGAGCUGAGCAGCAGGCUCGGCUCCUUGAAUGAGAUACUGCUGCACUGCGUCAACAUGGCUCGUGACCAGCAGCCGCCUCUCUACGUGAACCAAAGCUACAACAGUAGUAAUAACAACAACAACAACUUCUUGAUGAGUAAUAAUAAUAAUAAUGCAUGGAACAGUAAUUAUUUGGGCUGCAUGAUGAAUCAACAACACCCAAUAAUGGCUUCGACAGAUAUGUUGGACUACUAUUACUAGAGAGAGAGAGAGAAGGAGAAGAAGCCAUGGGUAUUGAAUUGAUUGGUGCAGUGAUUGGUGCAGUUAUAUAUAUAUUAUUAUAUGUUAAGGUUGGUGCGGUCAUGCAUGUGGAAUCUUUCUUCUUAUUAUAAUAUGUUAAGGUGCAAUUAUUGAGCAGUACUGUAUAUUUGUGGUGUGUUGUUGUUGUAGUAGUGAAAUGAAAGGGAGGGUUUUUAUAUUUUUGUGGUGUAUAUUUGGUUGAUGUUGUGGUGUGCACAUGAAUUAUUAAUUAUUGGCAACGUAUGCUCUCAGAAUCAUCUGUGUUUUAUUUGUA